CAGUUGCUGACAGCUGAAUACCGACUCUCUCGCUCUUCUCUAAAUCCCACCGUCUCUCUCACUCCCUCUCUCUCAGCAAUCUCCGUUUCUGGCAGAGGAAGCGGAAGGGAAUGGAGGGAGCGGGGUCCAGGCUGGGGAGGGUGUCGUCCAGGUACGGCGGCUCGGCGGCGACGUUCAGCGGACCCGUCCGAAAAUGGAAGAAGCAAUGGAUCCAACUCCCAUCUUCCUCGCUCGUCUCCUACAACCACCAUAACAGCACCCACACCUCUCGAUCAUCUACCGCCUACGCUUCUAAUCUUUCCGGCAAUGGAAAGCUCAAUUCCACUAACAACUCCAGUUCUUCUUCCCCUUCCUCUGCUCCGCUGCUCUGCCGCUGGGCCCCCGCCGCGGACUCGGAGCCUCCCCGCCGCAAGUUCCGCUAUACUCCGAUUGCCAUCCUAGAAGAACAAAAAAAGGAGGCUGGAAAGGUUGAUGAGAAAGCUAAAACAGGCAUGUUCAAGGUGGCUACAACUGCAACGGAAUCUGAGGCUGAUCUUGCCUUUGAGAAAACCAACGCUGAGAUUGCUUUUAUGGAAGAAAUUCUGGAGGACGCAAAGGAAGAUGAAGUGGGAGUGGCAUGGAAAGAGUCAAAGAUGAGCUACCUAAAUGUGGAUUGUUGCCUCACACCACACUGAGUUGUUUGAAGUUUAUCUGCAUUUCUUUUUUUCUUUUCUUUGGUUGGGUGGUAGCUAAUGUACAGUUCUUUACCUUUGAGUAGUAGUUUUAGGCUGUUUUUAAAUUUAGUACUAGGUAAAUAUAAGUGAAUAUGAAAUGAUGGAUGAUUUUGCAUAUAAUUAGUGGCUAAUAGUACAUGGUAAUAGGGCUUGAAGUGUCA